AUGGACCAAUCACAGUCGGGGUGGUGCUCGUCAGAGUGUUUACAGGGGUUCAGAUGUAAAUCGAAACUAAAAAUUCAUCUUGUGAUAAGAGCGCAUUUCUGAUCGCCGCAAACCAAAGCUUCUGUCUUUUAUUAAUCGGUCAUUUGGAGAUUCAGAAACCAGAAUGUCCAGCACUGUCAUACCCAUGACCUCUUCAACGCUCGUCAUCCAGCUGCAACCGCUAACACAAUCAACAAAUGCUCCUGUUUAUGAACAGCAGGUGGCAGGAGUUUCACCUCUUCAUGGACUUCAGGCAUUUCUCAAAGGCCAACCGAAAGCCCUUGGGACGGUCCAGAUUAUGAUUGGUCUGCUGACUCUCCUGUUAGGCAUUGUGUCUACAGUUUAUGCAAGUCUUGGCUUUGUCUAUAGUGGACUGCCUUACUGGGGAUCUGUCAUCUACAUUACUGCAGGCUCACUCUGCAUUGCUGCCGAAAAUAAGAUUAGUUCACCCUCCAGUUUGUGUUUGGUGAAUGCUUCACUUGGAAUGAACAUUUUCAGUACUAUAACCGCCGGCAUUGCCAUUAUUUUAACCUCUCUGGAUUUGGAUAUAGGGCCAUACACUUACUGCUACCGUUAUGACUGUUCUUAUUUAGAAACAAAGUAUGAGACUCUCUUCAGGGGAAUCAGAGGAGUGUUGCUGUUAUUCUCUGUGCUUGAAUUUAUCAUCUCCAUCUGUCUGUCAGCAUUUGCCUGUAAAGCCACUGGCUGCUGUUGUUCUCCUCAGGUGCAGUUUGCUCAAGUUCUUCCACCACAGCCCUGUGAUUUCAGGCCCAAUCCUUUCCACGAUCUCAACAGCUCAGAGAUCCCUGUGGCCAGCAGCUCUUCCUCUCAUCAUUCUGCAGACGCUCCUCCACAAUACAAUGAAAUAAAUAAGUAUUAAAAAGUGGACAGUUGUCCCAUAUGAAAGAAAAAUAUAUGGGAAUGUUUUGGAAAAUAUAAUGCAGUUUAUUACAUAAUACAUUUCUAUAUAUGGGAAACCAGCACUUAUAUUUUUCAGUAUUCUGCAGUAUAUUCAUGGAUCAUGUUUGGAUGUCUUUUGAUGCAUUUAAAAAAAUACUUUUAAUUUGGCAUGAAAUAGCUUUAUUGAAACAUUUUCUCUUUCAAAAGUUACAGCUGAACACAUAACUUUUAUAUAUUUUCCUUAUAAUUGUGUAAUUUUCUAGUGCAUGUACCUGUCGCAGUAUAUGUGUGUAUGCAUUCAAACAGUUUAUCAUAUGUUUUUCUAUAUAUUAUGAAGAAUAUUAUUGAAUACAUAUAGCAGUCCCUCCAGAAAAACGCGGAUGUGCAGGAUGGAAUGGAAUAUGCAGGAUAUUUUUGCAAUUUUAUGCGAUGUAAUCGCAGGAACUUGCAAAAAUGCGGUUUGAUGAAAAAGAGAAAAAAAGGUGAUCCCCCCAACACCCUGUUCUCACUACUACUGUAAAGAGUCAUUACUUAUGAUAUGAUAUGAUAAGCAAGCAUACUAAAUAACAUAAUAUUUAAGUUCUCAUUCUGUUUUAUUUCAGACCUUAAAUAACACAUGACCAGAGACAGUCUCUGCUCAAACUUACAAAACAUUGAGUCAAACAAGUUCUCUACCUUUACAAAAGGAAUAUUCAACAACUUCUGUACAAAUGAAUAAAUAAAAUAUUUAAAAAAUGCUGUUUUACAGGAAUUACAGUAAAUUAUUUUACAUACUACUAAUAUACUUACAACUGUAAGGUUUUGGUACUAUUCUGUAACAAAAAAAGUGCAAUCUUACAACCGUAGAGGUUCAUCAACUUCUGAAUGAAACUACAACAGUCCACUGUGAAAAUGAAAACUAACUGCGUAGCCUCUAACACUGGCCUAUCAUUCGGCAUCCUCAUCCUCAUCCUCAUCCCUCUCUCAAAAUAAUUUGCACCCACUGUCAUGUAACACACUGGUUAACUGCUUCGCGCGGUCUUUUGCGCUUAUUUUUGUUGGCAAAUGAGAGUGAUUUGCGUGCUUCACCCUGGUUUCACCGCGGGUCUCGCAGAUGAUGUUCACGUUGCUUAAUUACUUCACUUCAUAAGGUUACCUUGGGAUAUAAUGGCGAUUUACUUGUGUGAAGUAAACGCAACAUUUUUCAACUUUCUGCUAAGAUAUAUGUCAUUUUUUUAGCAACGAAAAUACAGGGAUUGUAAAAUCAUGCUACCCCCGCAUAUUUUGCUGCCUGAAAUCGGCAAUUUAUGCGGCGAAAGUGUUGCGUAUUUGAAAAAAUACGACCCCCGCAUAAUUAUGUGGCCCUUUUCGGCUGAUUAUGCAUUAAAUCAGGCGAUCGCAUAAUCACGUUUUUCUGGAGGGACUGAUAUAGUCAUUAUAAUACAUAACUAUAUUUUCACAUUUUUCCCAAUGUCCAGUAUCUCUAAUGCUCUUUUCUAUUCAAAUAAAAGAAAGAAAAAGAA